AAAAGAAAUCAACAUAAUACAGAAUAACAACAACUUUACGUAAUCCAUAGUUGGAUUGGAUGUUGCAACAUGGAAGAAACCUUCUUCUGUGUUGGAACUUUCUUCAAACAAUUCAAAUAGUAUACAUUCAUUCUCUCCCUGUUUCUGUUUCUGGAAUUACCAUGAUGAUACAUGUGUAAGUUAUAGCACCAAAAAAGCUAGUUACAAAAUGGCGGCUGCUUUUCUUGUCUCCGUCGUUUUGCUACUGUCGGCAGCGGCAGCGGCGGCGGUUUUCUCUGGAUCUCCGGCGACUCUGAACUUGGAAAGAGCAUUUCCCACGAAUCAUGGAGUUGAGUUGAGUCAGCUCAGAGCUCGGGACAUGCUCCGGCAUCGUAGGAUGUUGUUGCAGUCUUCUAACAACGGUGUCGCUGAUUUCUCCGUUCAGGGUACCUUUGAUCCAUUUCAAGUCGGGCUCUACUUUACAAGGGUGCAGAUAGGAACUCCUCCAGUAGAAUUUUAUGUGCAGAUUGACACUGGCAGUGAUGUUCUAUGGGUUAGUUGCAGCUCCUGCAAUGGUUGUCCUCAGACAAGUGGGCUUCAGAUUCAGCUAGAUUUUUUUGAUCCCGGGCAUUCAUCGACAUCUUCAUUGAUCUCCUGUUCUGACCAGAGGUGCAAUGGUGGAAUACAAACAUCAGAUGCCAGCUGCUCCGGUCGGGACGGCCAGUGCUCUUACGAUUUCCGGUAUGGAGAUGGUAGUGGGACAUCAGGCUACUACGUGUCGGACAUGAUGCAUUUCACCACUAUCUUUGAGGGUUCUGUGGUCGCAAAUUCUUCAGCUCCUGUGGUUUUUGGUUGUAGUAAUCAGCAGAGUGGAGACCUCACAAAAUCUGACAGAGCAGUUGAUGGAAUAUUUGGAUUUGGGCAACAGGAAAUGUCUGUGAUCUCUCAGCUCUCCUCACAAGGGAUUGCCCCAAGAGUAUUCUCCCAUUGCCUUAAAGGAGACAGUAGUGGUGGCGGCAUAUUGGUUCUUGGUGAGAUUAUGGAGCCAAACAUAAUCUAUACUCCACUUGUUCCAUUACAGCCUCAUUACAAUUUAGAACUGCAGAGCAUCUCUGUCAGCGGCCAGACAUUACAAAUUGAUCCGUCAGUUUUCGCAACAUCAAACAAUAGAGGCACCAUUGUUGAUUCUGGAACAACUUUAGCAUAUCUUGCAGAAGAGGCUUAUGACCCCUUUGUUAAUGCGAUUACAGCUGCAAUCCCACAAUCUGUACGCAGUGUUGUUUCCAGGGGAACUCCGUGUUACUUAAUCUCUACCAGUGUCACUGACAUUUUUCCUCAAGCAAGUCUGAACUUUGCUGGUGGGGCAUCAAUGGUUUUAAGACCACAAGACUACCUUAUACAACAGAAUUCUAUUGGUGGUGCAGCAGUGUGGUGUAUUGGCUUUCAGAAAAUCCAGGGUCAAGGGGUGACAAUUCUAGGAGAUCUUGUAUUAAAAGACAAAAUUAUUGUUUAUGAUUUGGCUGGUCAACGCAUUGGAUGGGCUAACUAUGACUGUUCUUUGACGGUUAAUGUCUCUGCCGCAAUGGGCACUGGCAGAAGUGAAUUUGUGAAUGCUGGAGAGAUAGGUGGAAGCACUUCUUUACGUGAUGGACUUAGGUUGACAGAGACAGGGUUCGUAGCUUUCUUCGUUCACAUAAUACUGAUUUGCUACCUUGUAUUUUUAUAGCAUUUGUAUAUUAACUAAUAUAUUCUUUUUGCAAUGUAUGUUGUAAUUUUGUGACAUUUGACAA